AUGGCGCCGACGCUGACGGUUCCCUCCAACGAUAGGUUCCAGCAUAGAGUUGCCUUUGAUAACCUGCCGCUGGGCGAGGCGACCAACAGCAACACCCCGUCAUUCACCAUCAACGUCAAGCACAAGGGCUACCGCGCCGGUCGUCGGUCGCGCACCUUCAUGGUCGGCAUCGAUGGGAAUACGUACUCGGACUAUGCGCUCCAGUGGCUCCUCGACGAGCUCGUAGACGACGGCGACGAGGUCGUCUGCGUGCGCGUCAUUGAGAAGGACGUCCGCGUGAGCCCCAAGGUCUACCAGGAGGAUGCCCAGGGCAUCAUGAAGAGUGUGCUCGAGAGGAACACGGCCAACCACGCGCUGAGCUUCGUGCUCGAGUACGCCGGCGGGAAACUGCACGGCACAUUUCAGAAGCUGGUAGGCACCUGGACUGGAGACACGUGCCAUGCACCUCCCAGCUGCAUGCACAUGUACCAGCCUGCCAUGCUCAUCGUCGGAACCCGCGGCCGCUCUCUCGGGGGUCUGCAGGGUCUAGUCAACACUCGCAACUCCUUCUCCAAGUACUGCCUGCAGUACUCGCCCGUACCCGUCGUCGUCGUCCGCCCGACCGAGAAGCGGAUCAAGAAGAAGGAGAGGCGCGCCGCCGACUCGACGCGAAAGACGUACCAGCGCAUGCUGGCAGCCAACCACGGCAAGCACGAGGCCGACAGCGACUCGGCCAGCACAUACGACCUCGAGGUGCAGAUCUCGCCCGACGAGGAAGCCCACCAGGUGGCCAAGGUGCUGGGACUCCCGGCCUCGUUCGACCCCACCAUCAAGCCCCUCGCAGCCUCGGCCGGGCGCCUGCAGCGUGCAUCCAGCACCGGCGCGUCGUCGUCGCCCCUGUUCGCCGCGGUGGACGCCGACGCCAAUGCGGCCGCGCGCGAGAACGACAAGGCCAAGGCCAGCUCGGGAGACGCCGACGGCGAGCAGACGCCGAUCCGGCCGACCAGAACCACCAACAGCGAGAGCAGCGAGGGAGAGGAGGACGAUGACGACGAGGAGGACGGCGGAGACGGCGAGUUUGAGGUGGUGUCGGGUCAGCAGGCGCUCGAUCAGCAGAAGCUGGAGCAGCUCCACAAGAUGGAGGUGGGGGAGGCCGCCGCGCUGCGCAUGAAGGUGGACUCGGAUGAGGAGUCGGACGAGGAGGAGAAUGGCAAGGCCACGUCGUGA